UGAACCCAGCCAACAGCACCAUGCUCGCCUUGGAGGCCACACAGCUCGAGGGGCCGCACUUCAGCUGCCUGUACCCAGAUGGAAUUUUUUACGAUCUGGACAGCUGCAAGCACCCCAGCUACCCUGACUCAGAGGGGGCUCCAGACUCCCUGUGGGGCUGGACCGAGGCCCCAUUGGUCCCUGCCACCUCCUACGAAGCCUUCGAUCCAGCCGUGGCCACCUUUGGCCACCCCCAGGGUGUCCAGCUCUGUUAUGGACCCUCAACCUACAGCUCUGCGGGGAGCCUCGACCCCACCCCCAGCCUAGAGGCCCCAGGGCCUGGCUUCCCGGCGUACCCCACGGAGGACUUCACUGGCCAGACCCUGGGCCCCUCGGCCUGCGCCCCGUACCCCAGCCCCAUGCUGUCUGAAGAGGGGGACCUGCUGCUGGACAGCCCCGCCCUGGAGGUCUCGGACAGCGAGUCAGAUGAGGCCCUAGUGGCCAGCCCCGAGGGGAGGGGAUCCGAGGCAGGGGCCCGCAAGAAGCUGCGCCUGUACCAGUUCUUGCUGGGGCUGCUGACUCGCGGCGACAUGCGUGAGUGCGUGUGGUGGGUGGAGCCAGGCGCCGGGGUCUUCCAGUUCUCCUCCAAGCACAAGGAGCUCCUGGCGCGCCGCUGGGGCCAGCAGAAGGGCAACCGCAAGCGCAUGACCUACCAGAAGCUGGCGCGCGCCCUGCGCAACUACGCCAAGACCGGCGAGAUCCGCAAGGUCAAGCGCAAGCUCACCUACCAGUUUGACAGUGCGCUGCUGCCCGCCGCCCGCCGGGCCUGAGCCCAACGGGGUCUCCACGCCGGUGUCACAUUGGCGUCCCCACACCCUAGGUCAUAGGACCAGUGGACUCCCCACACUGGGGGGCCGGGGGGAAUGCCAUAAUCCCUAAGCCCUGCCCAGGGCCCCUCUGGGAUUCCCUUGUCAUGUCCGGGAUCCCCAGGAUCUGCGUGGCCUGGGUCACAGGACCCAUAGACGACUGUACCGUGUGUCUGUCUCUGGAGGGGGUGGGUCAGUGCUUCCAGAACCCCAAGAGCUUCUCUGGGGUCCCCUUGUGAUGUCUGAGGUCUCCCAUCCAGGCCGGGGACCUCUCUGAGACCUCUUGUGUGUAUGAUCCCCCAAUCUCCCCCGGGGGAGGGUGAGCCCACAGGUCUCACACAAGGAGGGGGGUGCUGCCAGCACCCCUAAGCCCUGUCCAGGGUCUCUCUGGGAUCCCUGCUUAUCUCUGGGUUCCUCCUGUCAGCUCUGAAAUCUUCUAGUUAUAUCUGGGGCCUCUGGGUCCCCUUUAUCAUGUCUCAGAGCUCUGUGCCCAGCUGCGACUCUUGUCCUAUCUGUCCCCCCAAAUCUCUUGAUCACCUUCGAGAUCCCCUGGUGCUCUGGAGCUACCUUGCCAUCACUUUUUUUGUGUCUGGACUUCUCCAAUCACAGCUAAGACAGCUCUGGGAUCCUUUGGUCAUGUCUGAAGACACUCUUGUCAGAUCUGGGGGGACCUCAGUGAACCUUGUCAGCUCUGGGCCGCCUCUGGGGUCCCCUUGUCUGUCUGGGAUCCUCCAAUCGCAUGUUGGCCAGCCCAGAAUUUCCACCUGAUGGGUGCCUUUGGGUACCGCAGCAUCAGCCCUGAGGUGUCAUGGGACUUUCUCCAUUUCGGGGUGCCCUCCACAGGGCCACGCUGGGGAUCAUCCUGGCCACUCGGAAGAUUUGUGGGUGAUCUUGCUGGCCCCUCUUCCCAUGUCAUUACUAACUAGAAAUCUCCAUCUGGUGACCUGCCACCCUUUGUGGGGUAGAUCAGGUGCCUCCAGUGGGUUUCCGCGGGUUCACUGCUGUUUUGUUUGUUUGUUUGUUUGUUUUGAAGGGGGGAUCCAAAUUAGCUGACAUUUCAAUAGAAGGAGAUUUUACAAAAUCCUUUACUUAAAACUUGACACGAUGCAGUCACAGCGGGCAGGCUUCUUAGACCCUCCCAAUGGGGCCUCUGUGCUCCAAUCCCUCUCGGACCCCACCGCCCCUGGCUGUCAUAUUCCGGUGGCUUCUCUCAGUUCCCUGGGCCCCCAACCUCACAUUUCGAGCCCUGGUGUGACCCAGCCAGAGGUGAAGGCUGAAUGAACUGUGAGUGCUCUGGUUGGAUCCCCCAGGGUAUGAGAGGCCGCAGCUGAGGCCUGAGUCCCAGGCCCUUGAGCCCGGGCGGCUGACGGAUCGAGGGUCAAAGACUUGCUGCUGCUGGGCCCCAGGUGUCCUUUCUAUGAAAAGGGAGAGGAGGAAGAUGGAGAAGGUCCCUUGCGGCCCUGUGGACAGGCUUUUGAUCCGUCUCCAGAAAUUCCUCCUCCCCCCCGCACUGACCGCCAGGAGGACAAGCAAGAAACAUCACGGACUCACGGACACAGGGAGGGAAGAGCCUUCCAGGGGAGCACAAUGUCUGGGAGCAGAGCCCAGACUGGGACCUGCCCUCAAGAGAAGGACGCCUCCACCCCCGCCUCGGGGAGGGGGCCCAGGCGGGUGGGGCUUGUGGGGGACAAAAUGUCCUCCCCAAGGCCUCCUUUUGCAAAUGAGGUCCUUUUUGCAAAAACUAUCAUCAUUGCCCUGAGUAUGGAAUAAAAUAAAAUAAAGCAAAUCAAGGUAGACUGACCUCCUAGGACCCUGUGUCAGGGACUGCAAUGCUGCCGGUCUACUGGGGCCUGUCGGCCCUCGGGGACACUGGGACAGUGCGGGGGGAGAAGAGAGAGGUGAUGGAUGCGGCAGUUAGAGCCAGACCAGGCUGAGCUGGAAGGCUUGAGCUACAGGCACCGGUUCGCUUCAGUUUUUGUCGCUUGAUGACUAGAGUUCUCGGCUCUCUCCCCGCUUCCUUCUCUCUCUGGGUCUCUGUUUCACACUCAUCUCUGUGUCUACCCCUCUGGGUCUCUGUCCCCCUUUUCCAGAUUUCUGUCCUCCC